UUAAAUCAACAUCAACAAUCAUGGUGCCAGCUGAUACAUUAUUGGCCAAGUACAUAAAAAUUUUCACAGUCGUCAGCAUUUACUGGGUGGUAUCAAUCCUAACUGUGUUCGUUAAUAAAACAUUAUUAUCGAGCAAAGAUGUAAAUCUAGAUGCUCCUUUGUUCAUAACUUGGUUCCAGUGUCUUACUAGUUUUAUGAUCUGUUUUAUUCUUAGUAAAUUGGCUAAAGUAUUUCCUGCAGCAAUAUCAUUUCCAGAUGGCAAUCCAUAUACAAUUAAUAACAUUAAAAAGAUUCUUCCACUGUCAAUUUUGUUUACUUCAAUGAUCGCUAGUAAUAAUUUGUGUUUAAAAUAUGUUGGCGUAGCAUUUUAUUACAUCGGGCGAUCACUGACAACUGUUUUUAAUGUCAUAUUUACAUAUUUCAUUCUCGGUCAAAAAACUUCAUUCGGAUGCAUCGUCUGCUGUGGGGUGAUCGUCGGAGGCUUUUGGUUGGGAGUCGACCAAGAAAACCUCGCAGGAUCGCUUUCAAUAAUCGGAACAUUUUUCGGAGUUCUAGGAUCGCUGAGUCUGUCGUUAUAUUCAAUUUAUACAAAACGUGUUUUACCACUCGUUAAUCAGGAAAUCUGGUUGCUCUCUUAUUACAACAACGCCUACAGUAUUUUUCUUUUCAUUCCUCUAAUGGCUUACAACGACGAGUUCACAACUCUGUUAAAUUUUGACAAGUUCGGAGAACUUAUAUUCUGGCUCGAGUUGUUGAUUGGUGGUAUCUGUGGAUUUGCUAUCGGCUACGUUACAACCCUGCAAAUCCAAGUAACAUCUCCAUUGACGCACAAUAUCAGUGGCACAGCAAAAGCUUGUGCUCAAACUGUACUAGCAUCAUACUGGUACAAUGAAUCCAGACAGUGGCUUUGGUGGCUCAGUAAUUUAAUCGUCUUAGGUGCAUCUGCAAUGUACGCUAGAUUCAAACAAAUUGAUUUAGAUAAAGCUCAUAGAAAAGAGCAGCUCCUAUAAGAUUAAAGAAGUAGUUAUGCAGACAUUUUGUUAGUAAUUUUAUUAUAGAUUUUUUAGUCAUUUAAAUAAAAGUAUUUUAUCACAAUGAAUUUUCUAAAUGAUAAAUAUUAAAUGUAUCAAUUAUUUUGUAAUAUAUUUAUUAAAAUAAUUAAAAUAUAUAUACACUGAGGGUGUGCGAAUAAUUCGAACUUAUGAAUUAUUUGAAAAUUUACGAAUAAUUAAAAAAUUUUAUUUUAAAUGACUUAAAAUUGUAAUAAUUUUUUGAAUAAUUCAAAUUUUUGUCUGAGGUUAACAGAACUCAGACACGAGUUUUUGAAAAAAUUAUUUUUGGUUACUUCUGAAAAGCUCUCUAUUAAGGCCAUUUUCAGACAGUGCUCUCAGUUUUUUAAAAUAUUCAAUGACUUUCAAUUGUAAUGACCGUAUUCAAGUUUUGAUGAUUAAUUAAAGAAAAGUUUAAGUGUUAAUUGAAAAAAAAACAAUGUAGAUACAAUUUCGCCGAGACAUUGAUUUAAAAGAAAAUUAUUUACAGUUGGUGUCAAUGAGGAGUUAACCCUUAACGGCCGCAUGGGGUGACUAGUCACCUCAGGCUUAAAAAAUGUGGAAUUAGAGGUCUUAUACCUUUCAAAUAAAUUGGUCGAAAAACUUUCAAAAAUAGGGAGUUACCCCAUGUGGCCUGGGUGAGGUGUAGCCGUUUAGGGUUAAACGUAAUUUGGAAAAUAAAUUUCAGUAAAAUUACUGUUACGUUGUUCAUUUUUCAAUUUUUUCAAAUUAAUUAAUAAAAUUUGAAUACGAUGAUGACAGUUGAAAGUUAUUGCAUCUUUUCAAAAAGUAGGAGGUACUGUCCGAGAAUGCCCUUAAAUAAAAAUUGAAAAUUUUAAAGCUGAUCAGAAUUUUCUUGAUUUAAAUCUAGUGUUUUGAAGAGUUACUAAUAAUUGAAAAAUUUUCGGAUAAUUCAAAAAUUAACGAAUAAUUCAGAAUUUCAAAUUGAAUAGUUACAUUCGAUUUAAACCCGAUUCGUACACCCCUAAUAUACACAUAUCCAGCAU